GGCCUAUCCCCUUCUCCAUCAUAGUUCCUUUGGCGCUCGCUCAGUCAGCCAAAAUCAAUUUGGAGCAAACAUGUCGAGCACAAAUCUCCUCCAAUUCCCUCUCCUUCAAUCCCACUUCCGCCCACCGUCCACUCUUCUUUUUCCCCCCGUCAAAUCCCAUCUCUCCGUUGUCUCAAUCUCUUUCCCCACCUCCCAAUUCCUCCAUACCCCUUCCCAUGCUCCUCCAGGCUUCGCUCUCAUGGCCAAGUCUCCAAAAAACGACACCUCCGAGCAGAAAUUGAGCCAUGAAGGAUCCGUCGUCGAGUCUCUUCCCAAUGGGAUGUUCAGGGUUCGAUUGGAUAAUGAAGACCUCAUUUUAGGCUACAUAUCCGGUAAGAUUCGGAAGAAUUUUGUUCGUAUUUUGCCUGGUGAUAGGGUUAGGGUUGAAGUUAGUCGUUAUGAUUCUACCAAAGGUCGAAUUGUUUAUAGACUUCGAAGUAGUGGUAAAGACUCAUCUUCAUGAAUACUAGUUUUGGAUCAUUAUUAUUAUUGUUGUUGUUUUUGUUGUUUCUUUUUUGCCUUUAAUGUGUUGAUUUUGUGACAUAGUGUGUACAUUGAUCCCUCUUUUUUGUUUUGCCUUUUUUAGAAUGUAAAAUGACAAACAUUUAGUUUA